AUGUUUCAAGUACAAGGUCCAUUUGAACAAUCGCUGCGCGGUGGAGACGAAUUAUCACCGGAUGGGACCAAGACUUUGGCGGCUCUUGCGAAGAUACAUAAACAUUGCACGGGCAAAGCGCAUGCUCAUGGGUGCAUAGACAACAGACAUAGCCCUCUCGCAAAAUCCGAUUCCAACACGAGCCUUCAGUCGCGCAAAUCCUUUCGAAACGACUGCGUCAUAGAAAUACACGAUAAAAGUAAAAAUGGUGAUCUACAGAGAAACGGGAACGGAUCAUUCAAUAAGAGCUUCAGUAACAGUACCAGUUCCUAUGAGGGGCACAGCGAUACCGAUUCCGAAAAUACCUUCAGAGCUCGAUCGGAAAUGAAACCAGAUCCAUGUGAGCGGUUAUUCACACAGAACACAAAAGCUUCGUUGAUGAAAACGGCUCGUGUACGGUAUGCUGAUGAUUCAGUUGUAGCCAUGCAAGACGAAAUAGAAAGAGACAAGUGGAAGAACUCGUUCGCAAGAACUACUUCGAGGGGGAGUUUUAGGGAAAGACGAGCGGCAGCCGUCACCGUAGAAGAAGUAAGAUCUGACGGCAUAAAGAACGAAGAUGAGGUACUUAGCCCCGGUGACCAGAAAAAUAAACAGAAGUCGCCACUCAUACGCAAAGGUUCCGGAGGUAUCAAUAGUAAGAAUUUGUCAAAACCUCCGUGGCGGGGGGCCUCCAAGAAUGGAAAUCAGAAUGAACCCUUCGUUCGUACUCCUUCUUUACGUGGGAGCAUUAGAAAGAAGAAAGUCGAUGGAGUGCCAUGGCGUCGACUUUACGAUCUCGCCAUGUGGAGGAGAUAUGGUGUAAGCUUUGCAAGUAAGGGAGCGGAUUCCGAGCGGGCUCUCCUACGACCUUGGAAUGAGUUUUCAACGCAGCCGCUGAUUCCUUGCGAGGCGAAGUCGGAAGAGCAGUUGGCAUUCGAGAAACAAUGGCUGCAGGGUGGCCACAUGUGGUUGGCGCACCGUGGAGGUUUUACGGCGGUGACGCGAGAUGGAGACGCAGAUACGGGCAGAGUGAGAGUUCGAGUGAUACAGACUGGCGAAACGAUCACUGUCGAUGAAGAUGACUUGGAAAAGGCGAACCCACCACAGUUAGAACGCGCAGAAGAUAUAGCAUCACUGCGCUGUUUGAACGAAUGUGGGGCACUUAAUGUCCUGCGCUCGCGUUUUGCUGCUGGGUUACACCAUGCUCGGGCAGGCCACGCUUUGCUGGUUCUCGGACCACCCAAGCGGACAACCCCCGUUUACACGGAGAAGGUAGCGGCCAUGUUCCGCGGAUGCCGUAUGGAUGAUAUGCCGCCCCACGUCUUCGCUGCGGCUCAAUCGGCCCACAAAUGCAUGCUCGCGUCGAGACGGGAUCGGGCUGUCGUCUUCCUUGGAAGAUCCGGUUCAGGAAAAACAACGGCUAUGAGGCACUGCGUGUGGUACCUGGCCAGCGUCUAUGCCGCCCAAGGUUCAAAACUAACCCCAGAUAGACUUGGAGCAGCUCUGGACGUACUCCAUUUAUUCGGCUCAAGUCGGACCAACUCCAAUUCUCACGCAUCACGGUUCGUGUCUCUGACAUCGUUGGACUUCGACGGAGGUGGUGCGCUGGUAUCGGCCUCUGUACAGACUCUAUUGCCAGAUUUUAGACCUGAGCAAGCGCACCUGAGAGCCCUGCAUAUAUUAUUCCAUGGUUGCGACGGUCGUCUUCGUCGCGAGCUGCUAUUGGACCAAGCUCCAGUUAACGCUCCCAACCCCUAUAUCAGCUCCAUCGAGAAAGCGGAAGCGCCCACUGAGUUUAUAGCUCUCAAGGAGUCCUUCCAAAUGCUGGGAGUCACUGAACAGGAACAGAUGGCCAUGUGGAAGAUAUUGGCUGCGAUUUGCCAUUUGGGCUGGGCUGGUGUGGUUAAAGCGAAUACAGGAUCGGGUCUGAAGUACCAGUUUGCUAGCAGCGGCUGUGCGACUCGAGCCAGUCGCUUGCUUGGCGUGGGCGUGGAAGAAUUAUCUCGUGCUGUUUUUGCACCACCUGCGCCGCCGUCACCGCAACCUGCGCAUGCGCUUAGAACACCAUCACCAUGCAGCGAAAAGGAGUUACCAGGAUCAGAUGCCUUAGAAGCUUUCGUCAACGGUCUUUACAACGAAACAUUUAAUAUCGUUGCCGCUUUGAUUAAUAGGAGCAUAUCUACUGCAUCUCGAACAUCUUCCUCCAUAUUAUUACUAGACACACCCGGCGCUGACAACCCUCUUUGUGCGGGUCAGCAAAGCGGAGCGCCUCUAUCGAAACUACUUUCGAAUUAUCUCCAGGAACGUCUUCAAUCUGUAUUCCACGAGGCUAUGUUAGUCGCACCGAGAGAACGAUACGCUCAAGAAGGCAUCACACUUGACGAUGGAACAGAGGAAGAUUGGCUCUCGGAAACAGUCAGUCCUGGCCCAAUGGUGGACCUUCUAGAUAAAUCGCCCCAAAACAGCAUUGUACGCAGCUCCCAGGCGGAUUUGCGUGACUGUGAUCGACGUGGUUUAUUAUGGCUCCUAGACGAAGAGUCGAUGUACCCGAACUCUUCCGAUGACACUUUCCUAGAACGCGUUAUGACACACUACGGUCCACCACAUCACACCCAGUAUCUAAUUAAAAAGGCACCACUGGCAAGACAGUUCAGUUUGCAACAUUUACAGGGUACAAAUCCAGUAUUGUAUGAUGUUACCGGUUGGGUUAAGGCCAGCCGCGAGAAUCCAGUUACGAAAAAGGCACAUGCUCUAUUACAAGAAAGUCAUAACGAAGAAAUAGUGCGUGUAUGGACUUGGUCCCGUGGCGCAUGCGGUACAGGUACGUGGUCGGCGGCCAUUGGGGACGCAUCCACUUUGCGACGCGCUUCGUCUAUACGAAGAACGCUUACAACUGGUACAGCUGGAAUGAAGCGGCGAUCCUACGCGUUGCAGACCAAGUUUGUUGCUGACGGUAUCAUUGAUACUUUGCGGCGUUGCGGCUCAGGGGGCGUUCAGUUUGUCUGCUGCCUGCUGACCAAUCAACCCAAUGAGACGUCUGAUGACGUCAACGUACCGUUAUUGCGGUCGCAGUUCCGCGGCUUCCAAUUACUCGAGGCGGCGAGGUUGUACAAACAAGGAUUCCCUGAAAACAUGCCACUCACUGAAUUCGCCAGAAGGUACCGUCUCCUUGCUACAUCGGAAGGUGAGAACACCGAAAAGUCACCAAGCCUAUCGGACAGACAGAUCGUCGACGAUAUGUUGCUCGCCCUUGAUUUGGACGUUACUAGCUACAGAUUGGGGUUAACACAGGUAACAAAAGACUUUGAAGCUCCGAAACAUCCGAGGUCGGUCUAG